ACGAUAAACGAACAGACUACGACUCGGCAUUCCUGGUGAAGAGGUUCGGAGAUUGUCAUCGUCUUCACCGUACUUCAUCCGAGAAUGGCAGGCCCAGCGAACCCAUUCGCUGGCCUCGCCCAGAAAGAUGGAACAACGGCUCCGGCGACUCGAGGGCGCGGUGGAUCAUUCAGUCGAGCAACUCCCUACCAGUCCAAAUCAUCCAACGCGCGUGGCCGAGGACGAGGAGCCUCGUCGGCGAUGAGAUCUCUCCGUGGCCACGGCCGAGGCGCUGGUCCCGCGACUAACACCUGGCGCAAACCGGACUCAAACGCAGCUUCCGCAGGAGCUGCCGCAUCGCCUUUCUCCCAGUUAAAGAAGCAGAGCCAAUCCUCUUCUCCAUUUGGUGGGCAGGCUCCGCAGCAGAAACCGGCAUUUCCUGGUGUCGCAAAUAGCUCGUCCGGUGCAUUUGGGGCGCCGGAUGGAUUUGCUGGGAGCAUUGUCGAUUCUAGCAGAGACCCUCGACUACAAUUUCCGUCAAAUGGAACGAAUGGCGUGGAUGGCUCUGCUGUGCCAGUGGAGGACAUGGCAGUUCUGAACAGUUACAAUGACCGAUACGAAAAACUCAAGCUUGAUAGGGCGAAGCAAAGGGAACAGGCGAUCAGGAAAGGGCAGAUGGCGGAUCCCAGUCAACCUACUUCCCUGAAUCAAGCAAUUACACCCGUCGGUACCUGCACCAGCAUGUGUCCCGAGUUUGAGCGGGUUGAGCGCAUCGUCCAGAAGAUGGUAGACAAAAGCGAAAAGUUUCUUCAUCCUGCGACAAACACAUUGCAGAAUAUGGAAACGAAAAUGCUGAAACGCUUCAGAAGAUCAGCUGCCGGCUACGACGAACAGCUUCCUUCUGAUAUUCGCACACCGAAGGCACUCCUUCAGUCAACCAACUAUCUGAUCCGACAUAUCCUUGGUGGUUCUGAGCCUCUUGGUCUGAUUCACAAGUUUGUCUGGGAUCGGACACGGUCGAUUCGUAACGACUUCUCCGUCCAGCAGCUCACCCAGGAGGAGGACGUGAAGGUAGCAGUCACAUGCCUGGAGAGAAUUGCCCGGUUCCACAUUGUGUCUCUUCACCUACUCUCUAGUCCUGCGAACGAAGAGCCUUUCGACCGCCACCAGGAAAGAGAACAACUCAACAAUACCAUGUUGUCGCUGAUGUACUAUUACGACGACAAUCGUGGCCGCAUCACGUUUCCCAAUGAGGACGAGUUCCGGGCCUAUUACAUUAUCUUCUCCAUUCACGACCAGCGACCGGAUUUAGAAGCCCGUGUGCAAAAAUGGCCUGCAGAGCUGCGCAGUUCGCCUCGGGUUCAAGUAGCCCUUGAGUUGUUUGCCGCUGCUGGCAACACAUGGGAGUAUCAAGGUACCCUAGAUGCCAAACGCCCCAACGCCAUUGCACAGGGCUUCUACACACGCUUUUUCAACUUGGUUGAUUCUCCAGCUGUCUCGUAUCUGAUGGCCUGUGUUGCUGAAACCUAUUUCAACCACAUGCGCCAAACGGCUAUCCGUUCAAUAUGGAAAGGAUAUUGUCGUUAUCCCUCUUCUCAACAACACAAGAAUGAGGAGUGGACCGUCGACGAACUGACCAAAGUCUUACACUUUGACGACGACAGCCAAACGAUUGGAUUCUGUGAAGAGCAAGAUCUACAGUUUGCUGAAAACGCUCAUGGUAAUCUUUAUCUCAACUGGGGCAAUCGUCCGGUUGACUCGAUUGACACCGUCAAUAUCCAGACCUGAUCAGGCUCCUGGCCCGACUGCUGCCCAGCCGUCGACAAGCGUUUUCGAUACUGGCAAGCCAUCCUCUGCUCCGCAGGUUUCCAGCUCUGUCUUCAGUCUCGCCGGUCAGAAUGCUCUCCCCGAAAUAGCAGAAGCCGAAAAGCCUCAACCAAGUCAACCAAGUCUCUUCAGGCCUGCGGAGACAACCUCCGCACCAUCUCCAUUUGCACAAGCAAGUAAUCUGUUCGCUCCAGCGAAAGACGAUCCAUUCGCAGCCGCCCAUCCUGU